AUGAAUAAUAACAAUCGUAAUUUUUCUAUUACAAAAUCUUCAUCAAUAAAUUCGUUAAAUCAACAAACAAUAUUUGAAACUUCAAUCUUAACAUCAACAAAGAAUCCAGAACUUAUAAUACCUACUUAUGCAAAAACUGAUCGUCGUCAAUCAAUAAUACCUACACUAUAUAGAUCAAAAGGAAUUAAAGAACCUGGUAAAAUCGUUAAUUCACAAACCGAAACCAGUACACUUUUAAUUAAUGAACAAUUAAACGCUGUUGACAUUAUUAAAGAUGGUCGUAAUAAUUCUCGGUUUGAUUUAUAUAAAAUGGUUGAUAAAAUUGAUCAUAAUAAAAGGUCUUUAACUAAUAAUCGUGAAAUUAUAGAUAAAACACAUGGUGAAUCAUUUGACAUUGUUCAUAAUACAGCUCAUCGUGUUUCACAUAUAAAUGUUGUAAAUGAAGGAGAUAAUCAUUUUCAAUGGGAAGAAAAUGACGAUAAAGAUAAUUUUGAUAAUUUUAUCUUGCAAAAUUUUGUUCCGUUCUCAGGAAAACAAAAUGUAGUUAAAUGGUUGGAUGAAAUGGAAAAUAAGUUUAAUCAAUGGAGAAUUUCAUGUAAUUUGCGUUUUGCAGUUAUCUCGCUCUUAGUUGAAGGUGAUGCAAAGCGUGCAUAUAUUAAAAAUCGUAAAUCUAUUCAAACCUUUGAUGAUUUCUACGAAUUUCUAGUAUUACAUUUUGAGGUAAUUGAUACUUCAACAACUCAAACUCAUUCAUGUCAAUCAGAUAAUAACACCUCUUCUAAAAAAUAUUCAUCAUCUUCAAAUACAACUAAUAAUAUUUGUAGAGGAUUUGUUCAAAAUAGUUCCGAUAAUAUAUAUCCUACAAGUCAAACAUCUACAUUUAAUUCUAUAACUAAGGUUGAUUUAGGUGCCACCAAUAUUCUUGAUCAUACAAUUAAUGAUCUUCUUAGAGCGAUUGUAGGAGAUUUAAUUAAAUAUCCGAAAACAUUUAAAGGUAGUAAAGAUGAUGUAAAGGAAUGGAUCGAGGAAAUUGAACAUCUAUUGGAGGUUGCCCAUAUUCCCGAUUCAACUCGAUUGGAUAUAAUUUCUUAUUCAUUGAGGGGUGGUGCUCUUCAGUGGUAUAAAAGUAAUAAAUCCACAUUUAAUUCUUGGAAUCAUUUUGUAUAUGAAAUAAAAAAGGCUUUUACAUCUUCAUUUCGAGACGAAUUGGCCUUUAAAACACUAGAAUCGUAUUCACAAGGGGAGAAUCACUCUGUUCGUAAUUAUUUCAAUGAAGUAUUGAUACUUUGUAAUGAAGUUGAUUGUAGUAUGAGUGAAUCAACAAAAUUAAAAAAUCUUUUGAAUAAAAUUAAACCAAGUCUACAGCUUGAAGUUCGUAAGAAAAAACCUACAUCAACUUCCGAAUUUCUUGAAUAUGCAAAAGAAGCUGAAGAACUUUUUCAACUAUCUAAUAUCACCGUUGAUAAUAAUACUAACAACACUUCAAAUACAUUUAAAAAUCAACAAUUUUCUUCGGCAUCUAAUAAUUCAUUAUCAGUUAAUUCUAAUUCAGCAAAUAAUUCUUCACCUAAUUUUUCAUCAGGUUAUUCUCGAAAUCCUUAUAAUAAAUAUAAUACAUAUACUAAUCGAACGGCUCGAUAUAAUCCGGUAUCAUCUUCAUUUACACCAAAUUCUUUUCAUUCACCUCAAUAUUCUCAAACACGAACAAAUAAUUCUAAUCAACGUUUUCAACCAAAUAGAUAUAAAUCAUCAUUUACUACUAAUACUUAUAAUAAUAAUCAAAAAUAUACACAACCAUACCACAAUAAUUCUUCAUAUAAUAAUAGCAAACAACAACCAAGUUCAGCAAAUACAGUUUUUCCAACACAUUCAUCAAAUAAUACCAAUGUAGAUGAUGACUCGUUCCCAUCUAUUUUAUGCACUGUAUGCAAUCAACCUGAACACGAGACUACGGUCUGUCCAAGUUUCUAG